AUGUCAUUCGUCUCUGCGAUUCAUGACAAUCAUAGCUUUUCCAAUCCAAUAACGAUCAUUCAUUCUUCUGAUCAUGAACCAACAACAUUAUCCACAGCAUUGUUAGAUUCCUCUUCACAUCAUGACAAUCUCUAUGAAGCAAGUGAUGAUGAUGAUAAUAUUCAAAUUACGGGUUCACUCAAUCCAGAAAAUAAUUAUAUGAAAGACACUCUUCUUGCAACUAGUGCUACGAGUAGUAAUACAAAUAGUAAUACAAAUAGUAUUGCAAAUAGUAAUACAAAUAAUAAUAAUCCCACAACGAAUAAUGAUGACAAGAAGAAGGAUGGUGGUGCACCUAUACCUACAACAUACAUGACACAAUCCGAUUCUUCGAUCGAAUCAAGCAUCAAUGAUCGUCGUGCGGUUGGUGAUGGUGCACCAUCCACCAAAAAUUCCUCUCCUUUUCAAUCCAUCAUUAAACAUUAUAAGGAUUUAGAUGAUCAAUAUUUGAAACAACAACAACAACAGGAACGACAAACAAAUUCCGAAUCGAAGAAGAACAACAACUCAAAAUCAUCUUCUUUUGAAUCUACCAAAUCCAUUCCAUCCAGUAGUACUAGUAGUAGUAGUAUCAGUAGUAGUAAUAACAAGAAUGACAAAUCCACCACCAAUCCUGAAGGAGGAUCUUCUAUUGAAAGUGAUACAAAAUUGGCCAUUCAUAAUUCUGAAAAUAAGAAUGAAAAAUCUUCUCAAAAUGUUGGUUCAUCAACAACAACAACAACAACUUCUACUUCUACUACAACUACUCCAACCAAUCCACAACAACAACAACAGACAUCAAAGAGUGACAACAAUAACAACAACAAUAAUAAGGAUACUACUACUGAACCUCUCAACCCUUCGGAUGACAAUCAAAAAGAUGCUCUUAUUGCUGAAUUGAUGGCAAAAUUAAAGAAAUUUGAACAACAGUCAACAACCAAAGAUUCAACAGAGCACAAAUCAUCACAACAAGCAUCUCCUAUCGAAAAUGGUAAUGUUCAUGACAAGAAGACUGACACAAACACAAAUGAAAAGACCAAUCCACAACAACCACAACAACCAACAUCCAAUCCACAACCACAACAACCACAACAACCAACAUCCAAUGUUCAAAUCAAUCCACAACAACAACCAACAUCAUCAAAAACUCACUCUAAUGAUCAACAAUCAUCAACCAAGAUCACUGGAACGAAUAGCAAUGAAAAAACAAGUACUCCAGCAGUAGUGAAAAAACCAAUCAAUCAUGAUAAAACUACAGUCUCAAAAACUAUUGCAACAACACCAACUGCAACUCCAGUAGUGAAAAAACCAUCGAGUAGUAAACUCUCAAAGAGUGAUGAGACAUUUAAAAACAACCAAUCAAAGAAGAAUUCAAACAAGGACAAGAAAAAUGAUUCCAAAAAGCAUGAUGCAUCCUCAUCCUCAUCAACUACCUCUUCAGAAUCCAAUGACUCAACCAAGAAGGAUUCUAAGACUUCUCCAAAAAUUGAUGAAACCAAUCGUGACACUUCAUCCAAUCAUCAAAAGAAUACUCAAAAUAAUGUAAAGAGUAAUACUACUCCAACGAAUUCUGCAAGUAGUAAUAGUGGCAGUACCACUAAUAGUAAUACUCAAAAUAAUAGUGGUAGUAGUAGUAGUAACAUUCAAUCUGGAAGUAGUAGUGGCAGUACUAGUACCAGUAAUACUCAAUCUAGUGGUAGUAGUAGUAGUAGUAACCACAACAACAACAAUAAUGGAUUAAUUUCCAACAAUAACUUGACAUUAUGGAAUGUCUCUCAAAAUUCUUCUCUAUUCCUCUAUGUCAUUUAUAGUUUCAUUCUCAUUGUAUUCUUUAUUGUAGUGAUUGUAUUUAUUGUCUAUUUGAGAAGAAGAAGAAGAAGCAAUUUGAAAAGUGUGAAUAAGUAUGAACCAGUAUCCACCUAUGAAGAUUCAAGUGUGGGUGGUGCUGCUGAGAAUGAUACUGCAUUGGGUGUUGAAAUGGAUGAAAAACAUCGAAUGUUAUCUUUAUCGAAUGAACCUGUAGAUUUGGAAAUUUAA